CUCGUGUCAACAUUCAGUUUGGGAUUGCCAGGACUAAACCUCGACCACAAUGGAUUAUUCUACAGCAGGAGAAGGCCCAUUCACUACAACUAUUCCCGGAUCUACCGAGCCGAUAACUGGGACUUCGUUCACUAUUUAUCCCACAGAUACUACAAUUCCAACCACAACGCGUUAUGUCUUGCUGAGUUCGCAGGCCAUCGACGUAAUCACAACCUACCAGCCAGAUGCGGCCGGUUCCUAUGUGUCAGUGGGAGAAACUACAGUAACCACCACUCUCACCGAUCUGCCAUCCACGGAGACGGGGUCAUCCACAGAAACUGCGGACGCAACACCGCCCCCAACGACAACCCCGACUACCCCAAUGACAACCCCAAUGACAACCCCGACGUCAGAGUCAACAAGACAAGCCUCUACGACUACAAGGCCGACCUCAGGCACACAAACAGUCGACUCCAACACCUCAUCCCAGGCCUCUGCCAAUGAAACCAGCAAUGGAACCCUCGCGGGGGCGAUUGUCGGGAGCAUUGUUGGUACUGCACUCCUAACAUUUCUUCUAGCAUUCUUGUUCUUCCGGCGUCGCCGAGCACGUUCAGCGGCCAAAGAGCUCGAGCAUGGCGUAGGCUUGAGGUCGAAGUCCGGUGCAACCGUGAGCACCGCUGCUAUUUCUAAUGAGAAUUCAAGUGACAGUUUCUCCUUAGCGGCCAUCAUUCCCCAGUCAGCCGACGACGAGACCGUCCGCAGCCGGAUUCUUACAAUAAUCGACCAUGCCAGUCUGCACGUCGACAACUACUACGGGGCUAGGUCCCCCUAUCCUCAAAUCACCCCGGGUACUCGGGCUCGGUUAGCGGAAUAUGAUUCAGGUCAUCUACCAGGAUCACUCGAUACCAUGCUCGGGCAGCGCGGCGUCUCGCGCAAGGUCAUUACCCACGCUCUAGUCUACAGACUACUGCAAGCGAUUCGCCCUGGGGGCGAGCUUUUACCGAAACUACUGGCAACCCAGCCACAAGUUGACCAGUCUCCCGCGUCCACUGAGAAUGCGCUGUUCGCUUGGCGCAUGGUGACCGCGCAUCUCUACAACCAAGACGCAUACAAUAAAGGUCCAACUCAUACCGCCGCCCGAGAUCAAACUGCAAGCAGCCUCGCCGCCGAUUUCACAUCCGCGUUUUCCCCGUACGCUCUGACAACGUUUUCAGAGAGCGACCGCGUCUCUCACCUCGGCAAGCUCACAAUUUCCACAGCAGAACUUGGCAUUUGGCUCUUUUCUCAACCUUGCACGUUUGAGUUCGUGUGGAAUAAGAGCCAGAAUGAGUUUACAGUUGUGCCACAGGUUAUCAAAACGUUUGAUGAGCAGGGUAAACGUCUGCCAAGGCCGCAAGUUCUUAUUGAGGCGGUACAGGAAAGGUAUCCAAGCACGGUCUAA